AUGGGCAAGCACCUCACACCACGGCGGCCACGCGUGCUGCGCGCCGCCAAGCCACUGCCGCCGCCCAGCGCCGAAGACGCGGCUGCCGCAACUGCCGCCGCCGACUCGACGAGCGACUCGUCCGGCAGUGCGCCGCGCCGCGCCAGCGGCACGGCCGCGCUCCUGGCCGGUGCUGCCGCCGCGGGGCUCAAGCCGCCGCCGUACAGCGCCGCAGCGACGUCGGCGGCCGAGUGGAACUCGCUGCUCUGCUGGGCUCGCCGCGGCCGCGGCCCGCAGUGGGACGAGAGCACGGGCUUCUGGCAAGUGGACAGGCACUCUCCCGCAUACUACUCCUUCUCCGCACGGCCGUCUGUCAAGACGGCGCUGGACAAGGGCCGCACGCCGACGCCGCCGCCAUCCGUUCCAGCCGCCGCCGAUGCCGGCACCGCAUCGACAGACGCUGCAUCGGCAGGCAACGCCGGCGCCGACGAGCAGCGCCGAAGCGCCGCGCCCGGCAGCGCUGCGGCGCCGCUGACCGUCGUCGAGGGCUCGCCGCCGCCCGUGGGACCCGGCAGGCACCGCACCCGCCUGCGGUGA